AUGUCGUCUUUCGAAACUCUCUCAAACAAACUAGGCCAGCCCGCGGAGCCGCGCGCCCCAAGUUCCACAGCAGAUGGGCUCGGCCUCGAUCUCGAUCUCGACGCACCAACGAGGACACCCUGGCCCGAACGGCUGCGCGAGCUAUCGCAGCUAGCUGCCACAUCACCGGGUACUGUUUACAUCGAGGCCGACACCGAGGAGACCAUCCAUGCGCACCUCGAUGCGGUCGAGGCUAUUCUGCGCGAUCCGCGGCCGGAGCUUACAAGGGAGAUUAAGAGGAACCGGCGACGCAGCUCGGUGUUGAGAACUGAUGUGGAGGUUGUGGAGAGAGCCACUAUGACGGAGGAGAUGGAGGAGAAAAUGGAGGAGGAACCAAGUCUAGACCAAGAUGCUGUCUUAGCGCAGUUGACAGCGCUUUUGCGAGAGGUCACCCUCUUAAAUGGGGAAGUUGAGCGCCGGCGCGAAGAAGCGCGGGAGAUCCGCGAUUUAUUCGAAGAGAGGUGUCGCGGGCUAACACGAACGGUCGCCGAAUUAGAAGACGAAGUCCUAGAACUACAAUCCGAUCUCGUCGAGGACGCGGUUGAUUUGGAAGGUAUCCAGGGUACUGUGCAUGGACUACACGAUUGGAUAGACCGGAUACGGGAAGAGCAGAAAUUAGUUCGGAUUUCACGGACGCUGGCUUACCAGAAGUCGCGGCGGUCCUGGAUAGGGCGGAAGGGGAAGGAGGAUUGGAGUGUUGAGACGGAUGGGGAGAUGAUGGUGGAAGGGUUGAGUGCUUGGAUGCGUGGGUGGAGAGAUGUCGAGGAGGGCUUUCAGGUCCGAGCGCGAGCGAGGCAGAUGCGAAGGGAUCGGAGGCAAGAACAGCUGGUACGAAUGGGAGAAAAGGCUAAGUUUGUACAGCAAGGGAUGUCUUUGGUAGAUCCCGUACAUCGUUCUAUAGCUACUUAA